GCGGCAGAGCACGAGCAGACCACGCGUUAUGGUGCACUGGCGCACCACAGGAUUAAAACGACCCAGGUUUGAAUGCUGACGUAGACAGCUGUGGUCAAAUAACAAUGGACUAACCACCGAACACAGAGUAGAACAGAACGUGCUGCCUUAUUUAUUACUUUAAAUUAGCUAUAAAUGGCGCAUACAAAUGGCAUCCCCACCUCCUCUAUUUUAUUCUGGUUCUCAAUUUCUCCGUAAUCGGAACACGAAUUCGAACAAUCCGACGUCGUUUUCUUCGAAUUCCUGCUCCCAUUUCCCUUCCUCUUUCUAUUCCAACUCGUCGUGUUUUCGCGCAGGGCAUAACUGGAAUUUCAUAGCUUUCUCCGUCGUAAAGAAUAUUUGGAAGUGCCAAAGCCUGAAAGCUCAAUCAAUGAGUAUGACUCAAGGAAAUGUUUCGUCUCCGACGGUCAUGAUUAAUGUGGACGAUAAACCGGACCAUCUUGUUGUUCUUGUACAUGGCAUCAUGGGGAGCCCUAGUGACUGGACAUACUUUGAAGCAGAGUUGAAGAGGCAACUAGGAAAAAACUUCCUGAUAUAUGCAAGUUCCUGUAAUACGUACACAAAGACUUUCACUGGUGUUGAUGGUGCUGGUAAACGACUGGCUGAUGAAGUUAUGCAGGUUGUGAAAAAGACGGAGAGCUUAAGAAAGAUAUCCUUCUUAGCUCAUUCUCUGGGUGGAUUAAUAGCAAGAUAUGCAGUUGCUGUUUUAUACUCGCCUAACGUCUCUUCUGAUCAACCUGAUGAUAUAGUUGACUUGGCUUCUACAAGUUCCAAAACGUCCUCGAUUGCUGGUCUGGAUGCAAUUAAUUUUAUUACCCUAGCCACGCCUCAUCUUGGAGUAAGAGGGAAUAAGCAGCUUCCAUUCCUUAUGGGCUUCUCUUUCUUGGAAAAACUUGCUGCACCAAUUGCCCCUGUUUUUACGGGUCAAACUGGCAGUCAACUCUUCCUCACAGAUGGGAAACCCGAAAAACCUCCUCUAUUAUUACAGAUGACCUCAGAUUGUGACGAGGGAAAGUUCAUAUCUGCGCUCGGCAGUUUCAGAUGUCGAAUUCUUUAUGCUAAUGUUGCUUAUGACCAUAUGGUCGGUUGGCGCACAGCCUCCAUAAGACGCGAAACAGAACUUAUGAAGCCUCCUAGUCAAUCAUUGGAUGGCUAUCAACAUGUCGUUAAUCUGGAGUACUGCCCGCCAGUUUUAUCCGAGAGUUCGGAUUUCCAUCCAGAGGCAGCCAAAGCAAAGGAGGCAGCUCAAAACGAACCAACUACACAGAACACCGUAGAAUAUCACGAGAUUAUGGAAGAGGAAAUGAUAGAUGGUUUACAAAGACUGGGAUGGACCAAAGUUGAUAUCAGCUUCCACUCAGCAUUGUGGCCCUUCUUUGCACACAACAAUAUUAACGUGAAGAACGAGUGGUUGCAUAAUGCCGGAGCAGGAGUAGUUGCUCAUGUUGCAGAUACCAUAAAGCAACAAGAGAAUCAACAAGACUCCUCACCAUAUAUUCUCCUCGGAAGUUAAUUAAAAAAUUCAAUCUUGGAGCUAUUUUAUGGACCAAAAACGAGUAUUAAACUAAGCAAUUUUGUUGUACAUUCUCAAAACACGAAAGAGAUGGAAAUUCGAACAUGUAAAUCAAACACACAUGCAUCGAUUCAUACAUAUAUGUAAAGUGAACACACA